AUGGCUUCAAACUUCAAGUUCCUUGCGAUCGUUUUAGGCUAUCGAAUUCGACUAUUCAAUGUAUUCAUCAAGACACUUUCGUGCGUUUUGUACUGUGUACGAGUUGUGCACGACUCCAGGCUACUUCCAGCAGAACAUCAUUACAAGGAAGGAGAAAUAAAAUAUGACUACCUGUUCUGGGUAGGCAGGAAUACAUACCUGUGGCUUAUACAAACAUUUGUCGCGCUUGUUAGUCUGUCUGAGACCAUAAUCGUAUUCUACAUCAGUUAUGAGUGGAACAUUUGUCGCCUUUUCGUCAAUGCCCACUUUCUAUUGGAACUCGUCACCAGCUUCCCAUUUAUCAUUACAGUGAGUCAUAUUCUUCCUAUCAUGUUAAUUCUAACCCUUAUUUUACUUUUACUUUUGAGAUAUUGA